AUGGCGACGAUUGAUUUUCCACCGUUUAAAGAUCUUCCUCUUGAUAAGAAUGGACCACGCGGCAAUGCGUGGGGUCGUUGGGGCCCCGACGAUCAGCUAGGCACUCUCAAUCUACUCACAGACGACAUUGUCGCCAGUGCAGCCAAGGAAAACAUCAUUACCGGCCAAAGGAUUUCUCUGAACUGGUCUAUGACUGGCGCCUCGUACCCCAAGUUUUCCCGGAAGCUUCUCGAGUUGCACAGCAUUAAUAAGGCACCCCUUAAGCAUGCUCACGAUGACGAAUGGAGCUUCAAUUCCCAGUGCAGCUCCCAGUGGGACGGCUUUAGGCAUUACGCAUACCAAGAACAAGGGCUUUACUACAUGGGACGCACCGCCGCUGACUUUGCGGGCUCUCCCGUACCAAAUGGCAUACAACACGUUUCUCACAAGGGCAUUGCCGGCCGAGCUGUCUUCAUUGACUGGUACGCUUGGGCGCAAAAGCAAGAGGUUGUCGUCGAUGCCUUUUCAUCCCAUAAAGUUCCUUUCAACAAAUUAAUGGAGGCAAUGACCGCCCAGGGUCUCAGAAAAGACGUCUUACGACCAGGAGAUAUUGUAGUCCUUCGUUUUGGGUACCUCGCCCAGUAUAAGUCGAUGACACUCAAGCGGCGACAGGAACUCAAUAAGCUCUACAAAACAUAUAAGCCUAAUAACAUAGGCGUCAAGCCAUCCAUUAAACUCCUCAAGUUCCUCUAG